CGUGCUAGGAAUGGAAAAGAAUAAUGGCGCACGAUGAUGCUCGCCGCACCACCGACGGUGGUAAAGAUGGAAAAUAUGCCGAUUUAGCUGACUUGGUGAACCCAAGCAAUGUUAUGGAAUCUUCAACUAGUAUUCAUCCAUGUAUAGGAUUAGAAACAACACAGGCUAAGUGUAGUCAGACGAAAUCAUACUGCAAGGAUUUUAUUCAGACUUUUGAAGAGUUAAUGCAACAAUGCACCGAUGAUACAUUGUUCCGACUGUACUGCAAAGUUGUGUACGCUCUGGUAACCCAUGUGCAUGAACUCUGCAAGUGUAAGCAGUGUCUCGUUCAACUUACAAGUGUCAUUGAUCAGCUGUGCAGCUCUUGUGCCCGGUACAUUAUAAGUGACGAUCUUUCGUAUGUCCCCGAGGCUUUCCGGCUGAAUCUGAGUGAUGCUUUACAAGCCGCUCAGGAAAAGCUUGGAGACUGGGCUGGCGAUCGCUUCUUCAGGUUGGCUGGGCUCUGUGUCGCACCCUGGUCACAUCCAUUUCUGAUUGACAUCAUGGAAGGCUCCUCUGAGCCUCAAGGAUUAGAGAGAACUCAGAAUUAUAUAAGCUACGAAGGAUUUGACCUGCUGUCUGCCAGAGUUCAGAUUUUACUAAAGAAGGAUCCGGAGAAAGCACUCAAGUUGUGCCAAGCAUGUGCUCAACACAAAGAAAUCGGGAAGGACACCGUGUUUCUUGAAACCACAAUUGUCAUCUUAUACAACCAGGGUAUGCCCCCUGAUUUUUCAAUGCAAGUUUGGACUCAAGACAGUACAAAGGUAUUGAGGGCGCUGCAGAAUAUGCUAACCUACUUUCCACCACCAGUAGUCAAACUUGUUGAUACGCUACUCCUUAAAGAAUGGAACAUGGAAUACGCUAGUUUAGACAAGCAACAAUUCCGGGAUUUGUUGAAGUUGUGGGUGAGAGCUCACCAUGAGCAUGGGUCCUUGGAUGAUGUCUACAGAGCUGCUGUCGAUCUAGCCAUGUACAAUGAUAAUACACACAGUGUCAUCCUCUUUGCGGAUUCAAUUCUUAAGCUGGUUGGUCCAAAAGCUCUGCCACUAUUUGUGAAUCUGCUUGUUGACAACAUUCAAGUUCCUUUCCACCGAUUGGAUGAAAAUGAGUGUGACAUGGCCAAUCAGAACAAUACUCUAAUCAGUGAAAGGUUGGCUGAUGAAUUGUGGGCAAAUUCGCAGUUGCAUUGCUUGUGCAGAAUGGCUCACUUUGUAUCCUCCCCUUCAAAACCGAACUUCUUAAAACUUGAAAAAGCAUACGAGGCAUCAAACGAGGAGUGCAGAUAUCCUGAAGUGCCACUUCUGUCUUCUCGGCUGGAUCUCAUUCUUACAAAAGUUAUUCUCGGUCUUCUACCAAAAGCAUUUAAUCCAUGGAAAAGUUGGGAUAAUUUAAAACAGUUGUGUCAAAAGUUGCAGAAGACUACAAAACAGUUUGAAAUAAUUAAAGAAGAUGGCACAGAAAAAGCUUACAAAAAACCUAGUUGGUUUCUUAUGAUGUUAGAGGAGGAUUGGUCUUGCUAUGCUAAGGGCAGCAGAGAUCAAGAUGGCGAGGUUGUGUGUGACAGCCAAGAUGAGGCAGGUGAUGCUGUCCAAUUGUUAACAGACAUCUUGGACGAUAAGCCAGCUAGCAUUGUUGAUUUAGACAGUAAAACAAAUUCAGCUCAACCUGUUGCACAUAAAAAUGAAGACUGGAUAAAAAAAACAAAAAAUGAUGAAAAUCAGGAUAAAUGCAGAAAUUCUGAAAAAAAGAGCGAGGAUCAAAGAGGAAGAAAAUCAAGGAAAGGUGCCAUAGAAGACAAAAAUAAAGUAAAGAAAAGGAAAAAGAGGAAAAAUAUUGAUGAAAAAGAACUAAACACAGAUCAGAAAUGUGUAGAUGCAAAGGAUGUUGAAGAUAAAGGUGCUGGGACAAAUGCUGCAUUACCGCUUUUAAAAUGUACAAGCAAAAAACAAUCUGACAAUUUGCCAUCAGGAAAUAUGAAAAACAGAAAUGGACUGAACAAGAAAUUUGGUAUUAAGCAAAGGAAUGGAAUUAAAAGUAGUAGUGAAAGUACAGAAGGCAAGCUAGUUACAAUUGAAAGUGGAAAAUUCACUGGGGAUGAUUCUUUGGAUAGUUUGGAGAAAUUUGACGGAAUUGAAAAUGACUCAAUGAAAAAAAAUCUGAAAGGUGGUAAGAAGCGUAGACGUCAGCGUGAUGACUUUGGAAUUGGCCGGAAAAAGAAAAAACCUCAAAAGAAAGUUCAGACGUCUGAAGAGAUGAGCAACAAUUCUGGAUUGAAGUCACAAGAAGCAGAUGAUGAGCUAGAGGACAGUGAUACCGAUGGUGAAAUAAUGUCAGACAUCGUCAGUCCAAGGGAUUGCACAACAUCAGAUAUGUUUUCCUCUAAGUCAAAUGAGAAAUCAAUAAACAGAUGUUGUUUGACGCAGUUAGAGACACCUCCACCAGAUUCCAACUCUUAUAUUCAGUUGCCAGGUAAGACCGAUGCAUAUGGCAAUACUCAACUGCCCGCUUUAACACCGGGCAGCAACUUUUCCAAAAAUAUGUUCACUAAUGGAGAUUGUGUCAAAGAUCAAGUGUGCUUGAUAGAGUUCAACAGUUCACCUAAGGAGAAUUCAAAGUCUGGAUAUGUGCCAUCUUCAGAAUCAGUGCCUGUAAAGAACAACAGAGCAAACAAGGAGUCAAAAAGAGGCCGUAAAAGGAAAUGUGUAGUAGAAUUUGUUCCUCAGGUUAAAAAGGCCAAUGAUGCUUCCUUAGUAGAUACUCAUAAUCUUUCUCCAAAUAAGAAGACUGUUGUAGAAAGUGCAAAUAAACCCCUUCUAGCAAACGAAACAAAUAGUCUUUCUCCAUCAAAAGGGGCAAAUAACACUUCUCCUGCAAGAAAGACCAAGACUUUCUCUCCAACAACUCAUUCGCCACUAAAACUUCUAAAGAAUUCUUCCCCAUUAAAAGAGACAAAGGAUGCUUCCCCUUUUAAAAAGAAUUUUUCUCCAGUGAAAGAUAAGCCUUCACCCAAAAAAGUGGCAAAGAAUGUUUCUCCUGCAAAGAAAACUAAGACUUUUGGUCCAGCAAAAGAUGCAUAUGAUCCUUCUUUCAUAGAAGACCUAAAUGAUGCUUCGCCAGUAAAAGAGAGAAACCAUUUUUCCCCAGUCAAAAAGGCAAAGGCUGUCUCUCCAGUAAAAGAACAAACUAUUUCUUCACUGAAAAAAGAGUUGAAAAAGAAUUGUACUCUUGAACUGAAUGUAAACAAUUUGAAUCUUCCUGGCAAUGAUAUGGAGGUGAAUUCAAAAACUACACCCACCUCGUCGGACAUCUGUAAUAAUGUAAAAUCAAUUGUGAACCCUGAGGAAAAGAUUGCAAACAACACUGAAGUAAACAGUUUGACAGGUAUAAAGUUGAUUGGCAUGUCAACUACCAAUUCUAGUGGCAUCUUGCGACCUGUUAAUCAUCAUGUGCAGAAGAUUGUGAAUGAUAGCAAGACUCUACUUAACAAGUUGGAUCAUACAAGCAGUUACAGUGAUAGUUUAAGUGUCAGGGAAACAGAGCCAAAUCAAUUAAGUGGAAGUCUGCAAACAAACAUCCACGCACUGCAAAGUAGUAUGCAGAGCACCUAUGAGCUUGGAGGUGCUCAAAAUUCAAAUAUGAAACUUACAAAUACAAUCACCUCAGGUUCUGGUAGUACAAAAGUGGAUAGCAAACAUAAUCGUCCAAUUCAAACAUUUCCUGUCAUGUGGAAGGCGAGCCCAGGAAUGAGAUUAACCCAUUCAAGGGUCUUGGAAUUGUCAAAAAAAUCUUCACAAAGAAAACGUUUAUCUGAACAAACAAAUAAAUUGGACGAAAUAAUGCCAGUUGAUGUGGCUGCCAAUAAGGAACAAGACAGUGUCCAAGAACCUAAACUGACAGCUAAGAAUGGUACUGGUUUCAUCAAUGAUGUUGAACCAGAUAAAGACCAUGGUCUGUCACCAACCAGUCAUGAUUCAGCAACAGUUGAUCACAACUUGUCCAUGUGCAAUGAAAUACUUAAUGGAUCAGAAAAUAAACUUCAUGUAGAUAAGCAAACUGCAGAAUUAAAUGGUCUCAAGAAAAAAAUUAGGAAAUCGCAAAGGAAAGCCAAGAGAGUAGUACUUAGAGAUGAACUCGGAAAAGCGCUUCAGGAAAAAGAAAGAAGCAAAAAUAAUCUUGGCGCUGAGUGUUCAGAGGAAAUUGAACAUGGUUUAUCUGAGAAUUCUCGACUUACUAAUGAAACUAGAUUAACUGAAAGGCAUAGUGAUGAGAUACAGGGAGAUUGUUGUGAAAAUUCUCAGCCAGAGAAAAGAACGGAUAACUUCUCUGGAAUGAAUGAAAUAUCACAAAUCAUCCAUGAUCGUGUCAAUGAUAAGAUGGAAAAUCUAGAAAGCAAUGUGGCUAAUAGCAAAACAUGUUCCAUACGAAAGCAAACAAAGCAACAUCAGGUAAACAUUGAUGUAGGGAAAAUGAUGGAAUGUGAAAUGCAAGCGAAUAAUGAAAGUGAUAGUAAGAAAAAACGGACCACUUCUGGAUUAUCUAAGAUCAGGAAUGUUUAUGGAACACGAAGCUCAAAUCUGAAACUUAACUCAACUGAGUUAUCAGAAGAGAAAGACAAGAACCUUGCCACUGUUGUAAAUAAACGUAUUGGUAGAUCUCCCAGUAAACGCAUUAUCAGUAGCGGAGGCUUAGAUAAUGAAAAUAAAUCAGUGGUAGAAAUGCAUAACACUAGGUUUAGACAAAAAAAAUGUACUGAAAUACAAGCUAUGGAAAAAAUCUCAAUUGGUCAAGCCACCUAUGUUGGCAAAACAUCUGAACCAAUAGAAAAACAUAUAUCAUCUGUUACUUUAACAAACCAGUGCACCUCAUUUGAACGUGAGAAUAUUGCGCAACCAUUGAAUCAAGUGGAAGAAAUUGCCCAAACAUCAAACAGAGGUACGGGUAAAAUUGAGCGUGUACGGCGUUCAAGUGGAAGACAUGUGAGUGAAAAGGGUAAUUCGCGGACAACAAAAAACCAAUCUAGGUGUUUAAAUAGAAACAAUACAGUCAGUGAAUCUGUUGAGGAACAUAAUAUGCCAUCAAGAACUGAUUUAUUGGCAAAAGGAGCCGAGGAAGAUGCUGCGCUGAAUCGUAAGCCGCAGACUAGACGCAUCUGUACGCGGCGGCAGAGUUCAUUUGAAAGCAAAUUGUUAAGCAAUUGUGCGAAGGUUAAUCCUUCCCUAAAUCUGGUGAAUGAAGACAGCACAGAAUCAACACUGGAGGAAGUAACUUUUCAAGAAACGAAAAGAGUGGAUGAAAUUGAUAAUGACAAACCACUUUUUAAAGAAAUCAAGCGUUAUACAAGGGAAAGGAAAUCACUUUGAUUUUUAUGAUACAUGGAAUAACAUAUCUACUGUAUAUUAACAUUGGCCAGUCUGGCACAUUAUAUUCAUAACAACCAAAAUUGUUAGAUUUUGUAAAAAAAAAAGGAUUAGAGUAUCACAUUUGCCUUCGUAUAAUUUUUGUCUAGAUUUUUUAUUUGUUUUAAUUAUUUCUGGCUUCCAUUGCCUUUUCUAGCCAUUGGAAAAGAGCAUUUUAUUGUGUUGAAAUAUAUCUUUCAACUACAGUUGUACAUAGUUUUCAAUACUCUGAUGUGCAAUGCACUUUACUCCAUUUUUUCUGCUACCAACUAUAAACUUCGGCUUAAAAAACAUUCUUGAAGAAAGCAUUCUCCUUAACAAUUACAGAUGCAUAAUUUAUACAAUAACUAUGUUCUCUUUAUGACCCUAUCAUUGGCAGGUAAUCAAAAUAUGUUCAAAUUAUGGUGCAUUAGAUCAGUGCUUCCUAACCGUUUUGCAUUUGCCUACACUGAACAUGUUCAAAGUCAAGUUUACGUAUUGUUGAUGUUCCACCAAUAGGAUAAAAUUAUAGAUGGAAGAUGAUUCACCACAAACGUACAUCAAAGCUAUUUCUUUUGAUAAGGCUUCUCUAAGGAUUAACAGUAAAGAAGUUAUCACACUGUUGUAAGACAAGAAAAAUAAUGAAAAAUUGGCUUAAAAGUCUAGAGACCCCACAUAUUUGACACUCCUUUUGCACUCUUUUGACUUGGCGGACCCCCGGUUAUAGUUUCACGGAACCCGUUUGAGAACCACUUCAUUAGAUGGCUACAUAACAGUGUCAUAUCUAUAUGCACUGCCCCAAAUGCCCUUCCUCUGAAAAUUUACUGAGGUACUGAAAAAUUGCUUUCAUUCACAGCCAACUCCCCUCUUUUUCUAAUUUUCACCCCUCCCAAUUGCGACCCCAUUGAUACGCCCCUGAGAAUUUAGAAUUUUAAUUUGGUACAAUACAUGUUUGCCAUUGUUAUCCACUAUGCAGUGAAAAAGUUUGCAUAAAAAUAUAAGGCAUAGUUUGCAUAUUAUUGUACAUGUUUCUAAUGUGAAUGUUGUAUUUGGCACAAGAAUAUGGAUUAGCGCACAUAUGAUAAAGAGAAUAUCAAUUGGCAUAUAUGCCAUAAACAAUAUGUAGUACCAUAUAUGGUGUAUUUUAAUGUAUAGAAAGUGCUGUGAAGCAUAUGAAACAGUGUACAGUAUAGAAUUUAGUAUGAUAAUAUGGUAUUACUAAAGUAGACAUACAUCGUACGCUGCUGUAAAAUGUAUUGUGGGAUACAAUUGGUUUUUUUUUUGUUCGCUAAAACCGAACUGGUAGUUAUAUAUGUACAGUAACUUGCCACAGUUCAGUUGUCUAUAUUGAUACUAGUUUUCAUAUAUAAUACUAGCCUAGUGAAAAGAUUAGCAUACACAACUACUCAAAUGUAACAGUACCAAUUGUAAUGAUGUCCAUCAUUGAUCACAGUGUGAUAAUGAUGAAAAUUGUUUACUUGAGUGCCAUAUGAUUUAAAUUUGUCAUAUAUGAUUCAAAUUUUUGAGUUGAGUGCCAUAUAUGAUACAAAUCCCAGUGAUACAUGCUACCAGACAGAUUUCUAUGUAGUACAGUACACACCAUUACGGUGUAUUAGGUUCCAUAACUGUUGAUGCAUGGUUGUUUCCAUAUUUAACAUACACAGUACCAUAUUUUGUAGUGAGUGCCAUAUAUGAUAACUUUCUGUAUAUUUUUGAAUCAGUAGAAUCAUGUCUGCUGCUGUAGAAUGUGUCUAUCUAUACUUAUAUCAUACAGAUACAUUAAACUUUUUAUAGAUUGAUUCAGUGGUGGCAAGGUUUAGUCUGGUGGGGCUAAACUGCAUGAUAGGCAGGUCUGACAAUUUGUGACAGAGCUGAGUUGGGCUUUUCCCUGGCACCUUUAAAAGCUUUGCUACUUCGGUUCAUUCUAUUAUUUUAAGCUGUUCAUAGAAGUUUCGGCAUGUAACAUGCCCCAAAAUAUAUUUUUAGAUGAAAAGAAAAUUUAAUUCCCUCUUUUUUUUGGUUCAGUAAGUCAUGACCAAUAGGGGGAACCCAUUCCCCUGCAAGUGCCACCACACUGCAUUGAUACUGAUGUUAAUUACUGUUUUGUUGAUUAUUUUUGGUCUCUGAUUCUAAUGUGUCAAAUAUUAGGCAGGUUUUGCAACGUUGCAAAUGUUAAUAUGUUGAAUCUAUGUUUUUGUUAAUAUACACAAAAUACAUAUGCAUUAGCAUACAUUUCUUCCUUGGGGCAUGAUGUGUGUUAAAACAUUUUUAAUUCUUUUUUAUUGAAAGUUCUUGCAUUGUAUUAUUGAAGUUAAUAUCGUGGUCAAAGAUGGAUGUCCGUUUUUUCCUAAUCUACUUUGAUCGAUAAUUCUGAUAAAAUACAGAUAUGCUGUGACAGAUAUAAUUAGUGAAUUUGAAAUAUUUUGUAGCAGGAUGGUUUACAUGAAAGCUCUAUUCACACAAUCAAAUUUUUAUUUAACACAUUUUGUGAUAAUGUUGUCAAAUUAUGAGCAUAAUACAGGUAAUGUCAUAUUGAAUUAUAUAUGAGUGCGAUGAUGUCAUAUCACACCCAUAGGCAAAUCACUGUUAUUUGUCACUAAAAAGAUUGAUAAUGUGAACAAACCUUAAGGUUGUGAAACCUCCCUAAUACUUUAAAGUUUACUUGGAUUUACACUCUGAUGUUAUGGAAACCUAGAGUGUGUUAUACAGAUUAUACGGUAUGAAAGGUUAUAAAACAGUUGUACAAAAGUUAGUGAAAAUCAGUGUAGAUCAGCAUAGAUGAUAGACAUUUAUUUUCAUCCUGUACAUAUAUAGUGAUCGUAUAAAGCCAAGAUAUUACUGUUAAUGUUAGUUAUACUGUAUAGUAAUUAUAUGACACUGUUAUAUAAUAUACAGUAUAUAUGUUAAUAUUAGUUAUACAAAAAUUAUAUAAAAUAAUGUAGACAAGGUAAUGAUUCGUCUUGUGUUAGUUAUAAUCUUUCAUAUUUUGUAGUUUUUUUUUGGCAUAUAUGUAUCUUAACUGCAAUGUUUAUAUAGUAUAUAUAUAUAUAAUAUAGUUAUAAGUAUAUUUAUUUCUUUGUUUGAUGCAUACUAAUUUUAAUCAUUCUUUAAAUUAGAAUAUUACAAUACAAUAAGUGCUAAAUUCAAGUAUUCAACAUUGACAAUGUAUUUUUUGUGUUUCUGAAAAAAACAUAACAAGUAAUAAUAAUAAUGCAUGAAAGGUAUGGUAAUUAUGAAUUAACUUAGACAUCUUAAAUGUUUUGUUUAUAUUCAGUGGACAAAACCACCAUUGUGUGUAUGUCCACCCCCAUUGGAAAGUUGAGAGUUAACAGCCAGGGUGUUACUAUACAUAGAAAAUUAACUUAUAAUACAAUAUUUUACCUUAUGAUUUUUAUAGUAAAUAAGCAUAAUGGGUUGACCAAACACCUCUUUUCAAGUAAACCCCCUUUGAUAAACUAAGUUACUGUAGCCUUCUUUUUGCAUUAAAAACCAUGAAAAUGAUGUUGGAAUACAUCAUUUCAGAUGCUAAAAUGCUUCAAUACCAAGAGGCUUUCCCAUUGACUCCCUACCCCACAAGCUAUUUUCCUUAGUCAUCCCCCUCCCCACCAGACCUCUUGCUCUUAUGCAAAAAUUCCUUAGGAAAUCCUGGUUGCAGUUUUACAGGCCUUAAUUGCUGAUGCGUAGCUGGCAGAGAAAGUGUGCUUUGGUUAAAAUGUUCAUGAUAAUAAGUUUAGUAAAAUUCUCUAAUGGAAAAUGAUGUAACACCAGAUAUAAUAAAUACUAACAUUGAUUUCAUUGCAGUCACUAUCAUUAAUAGUUGAAUUUUGGUGUUGCAUUCUCUUAUCAGAUUGUGGUACAAUACCUGUGCAGCGUUCUCUGGGUUGACUGUGCCCUUUGUUAUAAACUGUCUCUAACAGUUUCAUUUCACUAUCAAUUAUCAUAAUUUUCAUAAGUUUUUUAAUUAAUAAUUUUCUAGAGAUUCUUAUUGGUGCUUUAAAACAAAAGUUUUGUUUAAUUUAUUUGAGUAAAUAAUAAUUCAUGUUGCAUGGUUACAUUUGUAACUUAAACAUUAAUUUUCUGAUAUAUAUUUUAUUUUGAUAUUUUAAACUUCUUUUGUUGUCCUUUUUGAUAGUAGUCGUUGUAUGGUGUGUAUAUACAUGGUAUAGACAUCAAAGUUUUGACAAAUGUUUAAGACACAUUUUUAAAUAAACAUUUUCUACCUUCAAAACUUGUCAA